CCUACCUACCUAGUAGUACCUACACUUACAGUACAUGUGUGCGCAUGUAUGCAUUACAUCUCAGCUCUCAACAGCUCACGUCACAGUAUCACACCUACAUCUGUCUUGUAGUCGAGCGUCUUGCGAAAAGCUCAACAACUUCCAUGGAACCGCCGAAUCAAUGAUGAAAGCCUACGUGGUCGCCGCCCAUAUAUUACAUCCAUGGAUGGCAUUGUUCAUCUGGGUGGUAAAAUACGUAGUGGAGCUAUACGCAGAUCAUCUACCACAUCCCCAUUGCAAGUUUGUAAGGUUGGCCAACCAUAACGUGAAAUGUACCUCUUUUGCGUGCGAUUUCCAUGGGUGAGCUCAGUCCAUCAUCAUCGUUUCCGUUACCUGCGCCUCGCACUUACGUGACUUAUCUCAUACUGUUGCCCCCCUUUACAAUUACCACCAGACAUCACAUAUAUAUCUAGGUACCUACCUAGCAGUCAAGCCAGACAUGUCUUCCUGACAGUCUUCCUACGUUCCCAUUUCUUACCGUACUUAUAUCUUUUACCCUUACUCAUCCGAUCAGCAGCUACAAUGGAGGAGCCAGCCCCCGCACCCGCACCCGCAUCCAAUGGCGACGGCCUGAAGGUGAUCAACGCGAGCCUCUUCCACAUGGCGAACAAGUCCAUGGCCAAAGCCUACACGAUCCUCGGCUACAGCACAGAAAACGGUCUACUCCAGGACGUAAUGCACAGCUCGUGGGAGCUCCUCUCGCAAGCCGCCGAGGCGAAAUGGCCCUCGGAGCCGAGCGCAACCCCUCGACCGCCGUACACGCGCGAGGACUGGGACGCGAUCUGGGGCCCGUACGACGUGGUGACGGACCUCGCGUCGCCGUUCGCCCUCGACCUGAUCAAGGCGUACCCGGGCGCCAGGGUCGUCGUCGUGCAGCGCGACUUCGACGCCUGGUGGCCCGCGUUCGCGCCCGAGGUGCGCGGCGAGCUCUUCAUGCAGCAGCAGUCGUCGUCGCCGCAGUCGGCGGUCCACUCGCUCAUCGCCUCCACCGUGACCACGACCCGCCCGCUGCACGCCAUGAAGCGGAUCAUCCUCGGGUUCUUCGGCGCGGAGACGAGCGAGGAGGUCGACGAAGCCCGGGCGCGCGAGGCGUACGACGCGUACUUUGCGGCGGUCCGGAGUCUGGUGCCGCCGGAGAGGAGGCUGGAGUACACGAUAGGGUCCGGCUGGGAGCCGCUCUGCGCGUUUCUCGGAAAGGAGAUCCCAAAUGUAGAGUUCCCGAGCGAGGAGGGGGAAGCAGUCACGGACCUGGCGGAAGCGGAUCCGAGAGAAAGCAAAUCGUGGCUUCAAGGCGCGCUACAAUCCGCGCCCUGGGUAGUCGGGAUAGCAGCGAUUGGAAUAGCAUGGUUCUACUCUCGGCGUAUAGCUCUUAGAUAAACGUCGCAAGAUAUCGGGAUCAAAAUAGGGAUAUUACGGAGGAAAAGAACGAGGAAUUUUCAUUGAUCUCUAGGUAGGCUAGGUAAAGGAGGGCUGGGGGCGCAAUAGGUUUGCCUCGACAACUUCGAAUCCGGCAUUAAUACGGUGUGUAUAUUAGCGGUUUUCUUGUAUGGAUAGUACAAACUCAGAGCUAAGAGAGGAUAUAGUAGUAUCGUGAUACGUACCGAGGUACGUAAGCAUACUGCUAGUGUUGUAGAUAUCCCAGAUCUAGGACUAGGGUACAAAAUAAGCUUAAAUUAAGAAUGGGGAUCUAUAA